CUUUGGCAUCUGAAUUUACAAUACAACACCACAUGAACACAAACUUGUACUAUGUUUACCUCUCGUAGGCAACUUGUACGCAAAUCGGGAAAAAAAGGAAUUGACCGUUUUGAGUUCCUUCAGGAGUUAGUUAACGAAUUUUAUCAAUCUACAUCUCUAGAGAGCCAGGAACAGGUCUUGGCUAAUUUGGCAAACUUUGCAUAUGAUCCCUUAAACUAUCAUUACCUCAGAGAAUUGAAAGUGGUUGAGUUGUUUUUAAAUGGGCUACAGAGCAGAAACCCAUUUUUCAUUGAAUACUCCCUGAAAGGUAUCUGCAAUUUGUCCAAUGAUCCCAUUAAUCAAGAGAUCAUCCUGAAACAUGAUGGUUUCAGCACAAUAAAGGAACUGGUGAAGUCUGAAAAUCCUGAACUGGUGAAACAUGGGCUUACUACUUUGAUAUUUCUUCUUUCGUCAACCUCUCAAUCAGCAGUUUCUACAUCUGACCUUGUCACACAUAUAGAGUUCUUGCAACAAAAUAGUGAAAAUCAGAACAUAAAAAACCUUGCCACCAUUUUCUUAGAAGAAUCCACCAUUCAUUGAAGCCAUUUUGAAAAAAUGUUUAUCAAGAUAUUUCAUUCAUUGCUUAAGCGGAGCACCAACAGUAAAUACAGUUGUGCUGAAGUAUUAGGUAAAAGAUACCUUCAAUCAAUGAUAGAGAAAGGCUCAAAAGUUUUAGUACAUAGAAAAAUAGCAUCAAAGGAUGUGGAAGAUUUUUCCCAAUUGACAGGAGACUUUAAUUCAGUCCAUUUUGGUGAAAAAGCUAUAGCGCACGGCGUGCUGCUUAAUGGCUUUGUCAGUGCUGUUCUUGGCACAAAACUCCCGGGUCCUGGCUAUGUCGUUUGUGAACAAUCAAUGACUUUUCCUAAUCCUUGUCAAGUGGGCGAUGAUAUAGAAAUUGUAGUUGAAAUCUUAGAAGUCAGAAAAAUUGUUGUCUGUAAAUAUGUUUGCACGACUGUUAGUAAAAAUUGUGUUGUUCAUCAAGGCACUGCUAAACUGGUGAAAUUUAAAGGUUUGAAAUAAAAUACAUGAGUCGAUCGAUU